ACUUGUGGAAAAUGGUGGGGAAUCAUUUCUGAUUUCCAUCCACAAAACUUGUAAUCAAGUGUUGUGCCCGUUAAUUUGGUAGCCCAAGGUCGUGAUUGUAUGAGUUUAGUUUGGCACCCUUCAAGAAAGCAAUAUUUCCUCUUCUUUUUCCCUCUGAAUUUUCGAAAAUAAAUUUAUUUUCCAGUUGGAUGACAAUUUCAAUUUUGUCUCCAUGCCUGAUUCUACACCGUCUUUUUCAGAUUCCAUCAUGCCAGUACCAUCAGCACUUCCCUCAAAACUCUUCUUCGCCUAAAUCCCUAAACCCCUUUCUCCAUUUUUCUUAAAGCCCUACCAAGUUACUGGUAGUACCAAUGGCGAUUUCAGUACUUCUUAAAGCUUUUACUCGGCGUGCUCAGCUUCCCAUUGUUAUUUCUUCUUAUGAAUCUGUGUUUAGGAAUGUUAACAACCCUUGGGUUAGUUCACCAUUGAGCAAACCGUUCACAAGUAGUAGAGCAUACUGCUCAAAACCAUAUCACAAUGAUCCAGUUGCGGAGUAUGUGACAGAAACCAGGAAACUUCCCGAGUCCAACUUAACAAAGGUAGUUUUCAAGUAUGUACGUGCGAAUGAUGAGUAUCAAGAAGAAAGUACGUCCUUGAAGCCCGUAACAAAAGUACUUGAGAUUCCCACGGGGUAUAGAUACUCUGAAUUCAGACAUGGAGAUGAUGUAUGCUAUUAUAACUUGGGCGAUUUUUGUUACUCCUUACUUAUGCGAUAUAAGGAGGCCACAGAGUCAACCACUGGUAAAAGAGUAUCAGAGAUUUGUUUGGUAGAACCUUCAUUUUUCAAAGAACGUAUAAGAAGUAUAAUGGAUAGUGCAGCUGUUGCUCAAGACGUACACCGCAUGAUUAAUUAUUUUGAGAAAUCUGAAGACAUUUUUCCAAGUCACAUAAACUCAGGCGCUGGAUCCCAACUCGUAAUCAAUCUUGCUGAAUUAUUUGAAAUUCGUAUUUGGGAAAAAAUAACUAGCGGUGAUAAGCACGUGCUGGAAACUAUUGUGUCCGAGCUACAGAGUAAUGGAUUGGACGUGACAAAAGAUCCAGCGGCGCUCCAGAAAAUUGAGGAAGCAGUUGAGAGGGCAAUGACUCGAAUGACAAAUGCGAUCAAGCUUAAUCUGCCGGUUUCUGCUGGUGAACCUGACAUGAGUACGACUAUCAGCUGGGGUAAAUGUGAUGGUCUGCCUGUAUUGAGAUCUGUCAUGUUCCUCCCAAAUUUGUUAGUACGCCGUAGACAGUGAUCUCCUUGUUUUGAAUACAAGAAAUGGAUCAGUUAGCUGGGAAGAAAUAAACCAUGACAUACUUAAUAUAUGUAAUAACCGGUGACUACUGUUUCUGUUUUUUUGUUCAUUGAGCUUGCAAGUAUAACGUACUCACAGUAAUCCAGCACUGACAUUUGCAACUUCAUUUUAAUUGAAAACAAUGAGUACAUGUUUUGUGAUUUC